AUGUCGUAUUUGCUGCCGCACCUUCACUCCGGGUGGGCCGUCGACCAGGCGAUACUCGCCGAGGAGGAGCGCCUCGUCAUCAUCCGCUUUGGCCACGACUGGGACGAGACCUGCAUGCAGAUGGAUGAGGUGUUGGCUUCAGUAGCCGAGACCCUAAAGAACUUUGCGGUUAUUUACCUCGUGGACAUAACGGAGGUUCCCGAUUUCAAUACAAUGUAUGAACUAUAUGAUCCCUCAACUAUUAUGUUCUUCUUCAGGAACAAGCACAUAAUGAUCGAUCUUGGCACGGGAAACAACAACAAGAUCAACUGGGCCAUGAAGGACAAGCAGGAAUUCAUCGACAUUGUCGAGACUGUAUACCGUGGGGCCAGGAAGGGCCGUGGUCUCGUUAUUGCUCCCAAGGAUUACUCCACCAAAUACCGUUAUUGA